UUUUAUUAGGUUUCGUGCCUCCUAGGCCUGGCCGUGGCCGCGCCCCAAGGAUACAACUACCAGGCCCAGUUACAGCAGCAAUUACCGGGUCUCCAGGCUCCCGCAGUGCAGCAGAUUUUACCAGGAGGAGGUCUUCAAUUCUCCACGUCGUCGAGUCAGCACAACCAGGUCUAUCAGCAGCAGGCUCCACUUGGCGGAAAUAUUGCAUACAAUGUGCAGCCCCAGAUAUAUCAGCCACAGCCCCAGAUCCAGCAGCAGCAGCAACAGCAGCAGCAUCUAGUCUCAAAGGACAUCUAUGUGCAUGUCCCACCCGUUGAUGUGGCAGAAGAAGCAUAUCCUCAGCCCGCUCUACCGCCGCCACCUCCUCGCAAGCAUUACCGCAUCGUGUUCAUCAAGGCACCCACUCCCAGUGUCAGCAAGGCGGCUUUGCGUGUCAAGCAGGCUCCUGUGGAGGAAAAGACCAUCAUCUAUGUGCUGACCAAGAAGCCGGAUCCCCUGGAUCUGCAGGCGGCCAUUGAGGAAGCCGCUCCCAAGCAGCCCAGCAAGCCGGAGGUCUUCUUCAUCAAGUAUAAGACCCAAGAGGAAGCUGCGCAUGCGCAGCGCACCAUUCAAGCACAAUACGACCAGCUUGGCGGCACAUCACAGAUUUCCGACGAGGGCGUCGCACCUGUCACCUCGGUAAUUGGAGUUCUGGAUAACCAGCAGCAGGCGCAGAGAGGUGGUCUAUCGAGUGUAGUGCCAAAUAAUUAUUUGCCUGCACUGUCUGGUUAA